AUGUUAAAAGUUGAAAAUAAUGAACUUGUAGUGAUGAAGUCUAAACAACCAUCCGGUUAUCAAAAACGUAAAAAGAGAAAACUAGAUGAAGAAAAGAGAAAGGUUGACGUCGGUGCUCUAGAUAAGUUUAUCCAUAGACAACCUGUUGAAGAGCACAUUGAAGAACAUGUUGAAGAGCACAUUGAAGAACAUGUUGAAGAGCACAUUGAAGAGCAUGUUGAGGAGCACAUUGAAGAUCAAGAGCAUGUAGAAGUAGAAGAGACAGAAAAGCAUGAGCCUGUUAAAGAGAUUGUUGAUAUAUAUGAUCCAAGAAGGUGGGAAAAACUUAAUUCUGAUGAGAUUAAAAUUUUGGUUGAAAAAGGUCCUAAAAGAGAUAAUAGUAUUAUGUAUGGUCCCUAUGAUAAAUUUGGUAGACGAUUUUCUGCAGCUUUAUAUACAAAAACUUUAUCAAAUUUGGAGAAGUGUGAUAGAGAAUGGUUAGUAUAUUCGAAAGAGCUAGAUAGGGUAUUUUGUUUUUGUUGUAAAGUGUUUAGAAAAGGGAUUUCGAAAGGUAAAUUGGAUGGUGAAGGUUAUGCAGAUUGGCACCAUGUUACCACUAGGGUUAAAGAACACGAAAUUUCAUUGGAUCAUCUUACAAAUAGGAAUAAGUGGUUUGACAUGCGUAAAAGAUUGAACUUGAACGAAACAAUUGAUAAAGUUCAACAUGAGCAGUUCAAGAAAGAAAGAGAUUACUGGAAACAAGUGCUUUUAAGAAUUAUUGCAGUUGUGAAGUUUCUUGCUAAACAUAAUUUAGCAUUUCGCAGAUCCAAUGAAAAGUUGUAUCAAAAAGAGUUUGACCCUGUUAUCAAAGAGCAUGUGCAACGCAUCACAAGUGAAGGACUUCAUGUGCAUUAUCUUGGCCACCUAAUCCAAAACGAACUAAUAUCUUUUCUAGUUGAAGAAAUUAAAAAAGAACUUAUCAAGAAGAUAAAGGAAGCAAAGUACUACUCAAUCAUACUUGAUUGUUUUUUGAAUGUUGAUGAUACCUCCGGAAAAGGAUUAUUUGAUAUUACACUUGAGGAGUUAAAGUCUCUUGGUCUUCAAAUUGAUGAUAUGCGUGGUCAAGGCUAUGAUAAUGGAGCAAACAUGAAAGGAAAACACCAAGGAGUGCAAAAGAGAUUUUUAGAUAUAAAUCCUAGAGCAUUUUACACUCCUUGUGGUUGCCAUUCUCUUAAUCUAACAUUAUGUGAUAUGGCUAACAAGUGUGUUAAAGGAAAGAACUUUUUUGGAUUCAUCCAACGUAUUUAUACUAUCUUUGCAAAUUCUACUAAGAGGUGGGAAAUUUUGAAAGAUAAUGUUAAAGCUUGGAGUCUUAAGUCAUUAUGUCAAACUCAUUGGGAAAGUCGAGUUGAGAGUGUAAAAGCUAUUAAACUGCAACUUGUGGAUGUACGGGAAGCUUUACUUCAAGUUGGAGAAAAAGAUAAUGAUGCUGCAAUUGCAAGUGAAGCAACUUCACUAGCAGAAAAAGAACUUAGUGACUUUGAAUUUUUGGUAUCAACUGUUGUUUGGUAUGAAGUACUAAACCGUGUGAAUAUUGUGAGUAAGAAGUUACAAUCAAAGGAUAUGCAUCUUGAUAAUGCCAUUACAGAAAUAAACAAAUUGAUUGGGUACUUCAAGGAUUAUAGAGAGACUGGUUUUUCAAAAGCGAUUGUUGAAGCUAAGGAGAUUGCUAUUGAAAUGGGUAUUGAUCCAAUAUUUCCACAAAAGCGUUUGAUUGAAAGGAAAAAAAGGUUUGAUGAGAGUUCAAGUAGCGAAGAAGUUUCAUUUACACCUGAAGAGAAUUUCAGAGUCAAUUAUUUCUCAUUGUUGAUCAAGCUAUUUCUUCUCUUGAGACAAGAUUUGAACAAUUCAAAGAGUAUGAUAAAGUAUUUGGUUUUUUUAUUUCCACAUAAUUUGAGGGGAAUUGAAGAUAAAGAUCUUAAGUUAUAUUGUUAUCGUCUUGAAAAAGCACUCAAGUUUGAAGAAAGAUCAGAUAUUGAUGCCGAGGAGCUUUAUACGGAAUUGAAAUUAUUUGAGACAUUGGAAACCAAUGAAUUUAGCAAUCCUAUAGAUGUUUUGAAGUUUUUGAGAGAACUUGAUUAUUUCCCAAAUGCAAGCAUUGCAUAUAGAAUAUUGUUGACUAUUCCAGUAACGGUCGCAUCUGCAGAAAGGAGUUUUUCCAAAUUGAAAUUUGUGAAAUCUUACUUACGCUCCACAAUGACCCAAGAAAGACUUAGCGGGUUGGCGAUGAUAUCUAUCGAGAACGAAAUCUUAGAGAGUAUAGACUACGAAGGGUUGAUCAACCAAUUUGCAAUCAAGAAUGCUAGGAGAGCUUCAAGGGUCGUCGGUUAG